AUGUCCCUUCGUAUCCACGCUGUACCAGCGAUAAGAACAGCUGCAGCGGCAACCUCUGCACCACUUUCCCUGGGUGUGCAGUCAAGCAUGGGCGGUAAUUUACUGGGUCAAGAGGAAACCAGCCGGGCAAAGACCGGACGGAUUGCGUUUGUAUUGAUUGAUGGCCUGGCGGACAUUCAGAUACCUGCACUGGCGAACCUGACUCCCUUGGAAGCAGCAAACACACCUGGAAUGGACGCGAUUGCAGCUGCUGGCCUGAAUGGUCUUCUUGAUCCUGUGGAACCUGGACUAGCAUGCGGGAGCGACACAGCACAUUUGUCCAUCUUUGGUUAUGACCCCAGGCUAUACUAUAGAGGCAGAGGUGCAUUAGAAAGCAUGGGUGCAGGCAUUGACAUGGCCCCUGGUGACAUUGCAUUCAAAUGCAAUUUUGCUACUUUAGACCCUGCCACCAAGAUUGUUUUAAAAAGGAGGGCGGACAGGCAUUUCGAAGAUGUAGGCCCUCUCCUGUGUUCAGCACUGAAUGGUGUGAGCCUGCCUUCAUUCCCUCACCUCAUUGUCAAAGCUAAAUAUGCAACUGAGCACCGCUGUGGAAUAGUUGUGAGUGGCCCGGGCUUGUCUGAUGAGGUCAGUGGCACCGAUCCACUGAAGGAUAACCUGCCUCUUCAGGUGUCCAAGCCAUUGAAAGCAACAGCUGAAGCUCAGUACACAGCUGCAGUCGUGAACGAGCUGUCCACAGCUCUGCAAGAGGUGUUACAGGACCAUGCAGUGAACCAGCAGCGCAUAGCACAGGGAAGCCCACCCGCCAAUGUAGUGUUGCUACGCGGUUGUGGCUCUAGACCGGCACGGUAUGAGAGCCUGCAUGGUGGCUCCCACUAA